UCUGCGCGCGCGCGUGUGUGUUACGUCGGAGGAUUAAAGCGGUGGUGGCGAAACGACGCGUCGCAUGUGCACGUACGCCUCUGUUAGCCGGCUGCUGCUGCUGCUGUUUCAGCAGAGGCUUCGUCUGCAUGGUAUCGUGUCUGCGAGUGCAACGUUGAUACGCAUGCGCGAGCGUGCGCGCUUGUUCGGUGCACCAGCGAAUCCAAGUGGUGCCCGAGGCCUCUACCGGAGGCGUAUAGAUACGCGUCGCAAGGCGCGCUCGCCGGCAUCGUCGCCCGACUGCCGAACGCGCCUCGAUCGGAACCUGUCGGCGAGGUUUUGAAGCCACCACGACGCGGUGCAGGCAGCACUGCUCGGCGAACGGCGACCGCGUCAACUGAAGCUACGGUCCGAGCGGUCGGCGGCUGGACUUACGUUUAUUCUCGAACGCAGAAGUAGCCAGCAAACCUACUUGCAUGGUGGGCCCUCUGGCAGUGAUGAGGACGUCGCUGGACGCAGCUGACGUAAAGCACUACGACCUGGCGGCGCAGGUGUACUUCCCGGCGGCGCCUGCGGAGAGCGCGUACGGACCUCCCGCGGCCAUCUCGUUCCCGGGGGACCCGCGAACGCCACCGCUGCACGGUGACCCUUCGUCGCUCGGCCACCACCCGCACCACCACCAGAUCAUCAACGACAACAACGGGCUCAGCUACACCAACCUGGACCAGCAAGCGGCCGCAGCUGCUGCGGCGGCGGCCGCCGCCGCCGCCGCCGGCUACCACUUGCACGGCGGAGCGCCCGCCGGCGCGCGCGGCGGCUACGGCUCGCCCGGCGGCGCCAGCCCGCGGCCCGCGCCCACCACGGCGACCACGGGCUUUCCGUACCGGGGCGCGGGCGGCCUGGAGUACGCGCACAUGGAGCCCGUGGCCGGAGUGCACCACGCCGCCACACCGGGAGACCACAUGUCGCCCGGCGAGCGGGCCAGCAUGCACCACGCGUCGGCCGGCUACCCGGCCAGUGCUUACCUCGACCCGCUGACGCUGACGACGCAGAGGCGCAACGGCUACGGCGGCGCCUACGACGGCUACGAGCAGGCGGUGCGGGACAGUUGCCAGCACAACGGUGCCGCAGCGGCGGCGGCGGCGGCCGCCGCUUACCAGGCGUCGUCGCACGCGCUGGCAGCGCGCACCGGACUGUCGCCCCCGAAGCCUGCGCCGGUGCCCACCUACAAAUGGAUGCAAGUCAAGCGCAACGUGCCCAAGCCGCUGCCCAAGCACGAGUACGGCGGCUUCGGCGCGGGCGGCGCCGGCGGUCCGUGCGGACCCAACGGCACGGGCCGCACAAACUUCACCACCAAGCAGCUGACGGAGCUGGAGAAGGAGUUCCACUUCAACAAGUACCUGACGCGCGCGCGGCGCAUCGAGAUCGCCACGGCGCUGCAGCUGAACGAGACGCAGGUGAAGAUCUGGUUCCAGAACCGCCGCAUGAAGCAGAAGAAGCGCAUGAAGGAGGGCCUCAUCCCAGCCGAGUCCUCACCGCCGGACGGGGCCGCGUCGGCCGGCACGCUAUCGCCGGGAAAGCUGUCGCCGCCGUCGCCCCAGCAGAAGGACAGCCAGUGAGCCCCACAGCGUGCGGCCAAAGCUGCCUGCAUGCGGCGAAACACGACAUGGGCCAGUGUCUAAACCCUUCUUCCACGAGCUGUGUCAGCCCACGGCCGCCACGCGUUAAACCCACCCCCUUGAACCCGGGGCGCACCACCACCACCACCGAUUCUCGCUCUGCCUCCCUCGUAUAUUGGUGGCCGUUCGACCAGGCUGACCAUUUCCCUACGCGUGGCCUGCCUACUUCGUGUGUGUAUCUCGAGUAUACAACACAAGUGCCGCGCAAGUGCAACGUGGGUGCAGUGCAGGCGCAACGCUCCUGCGCAGCUCUGGUGUAGAGCUCGGGUGAAUUAUAGGCCUGCUGCUCUGGUGCUGCCCUCGUGCAGCUACGGGGCUGCGCUUGUGCUGCCGCUGCUCUUCCACUUCCGGCGUGGCGAAUACGAGUCAAACCGAAAAAGCGAAGAAAGGUCCAAACUAAAAGGGAAACAUUAAUGAAAUAUCGGCCAAACAUUAAAAACGCCGGCAAGUCAGCUUCAUGCUCGAAGCGCUUAACUCGCAAAAAGCAACAACCACUGAUCGCUUAUUUGGUUUCCUGUAUAAUUAACUAGCAGAGAUGGUGACAUUUGUUUCGAAAUCCCACGCAGAAGUUGAAGUGAGCAGAGAUACGUCAUUUGCGAUGAGGGAAGUCUGUACGACUAGCUUCCUCUCCUCUUUUCUCUCUCUCUUUCCUUCACUGCCAUCGUACUAGUUGCACGGUGCGGCCAGUCAUGUAGCGCAAUGAAAGCAGCACGAUCCGUGUACGUUUAAUAAGUCAACCGUUGCUUGUUACAAGAUAAUUGUUCAGGCGCUCUAAAGAUAGCCCAUUUUCAUAUAGUGAUCUCAGUGGCUCCUAUAUCCGCUAUACCGUCGAGCAAUAUUCGAAUGCAUGCGCUUAACACAACUAACUCGAGUUACCUAUACGUCACGAGUUUCGACCGAAAACGAAGAAACCGUUUAUUCAUGCGUCAAGAAAAAACUGCAGCGCAUUGAAUUAGGCAACAUUAAAUCAAUGCUCUUUUUCUAACGUCGUAGCAGUUCUUUUUUUUUAACGCUAUAGUAAUACUCUGUGUGACUUUUCGAAUAAUCUAUCUGUCUCAACUGUUGAACAAUCCAUCCGUCUCAAGCUUUGGUGAGCGUGGUAGGACGCAGUGGCGCCAUUAGAAACUCGAGUGACGCCUAGCAAAGAAAGGGCGCCAACGAGGGCGCACAGGAUGAAACUUUCGGUGUCAGAAAUAUAAGCAAGUAGCGAAGCAAAGCGGAGAAAGCAUGGGAACAGUUCGCCCGCCGUGCUGGGGGCGCCGCAGUCCUAUAGAACGCGCCACGCCUGGCUUUCUUUCUGCCGUUUUCUUCAUUUCAUCGCAGGACCAGUUUGAUUCUCGAAAGCCCCGCAUCCAAUCGCUCUUGACAGCCGUCGCUUGUGGGUGAAUCGCGUGGGUCGAAGAGCGAGGCGGGAGCCAAAGACGCGACGAGCGGCCGCUUUCCAACGCGCCUGCGCGAGGAUGUUGUAGGAAGUCUGAAACAUAAGUGAGGAAAAUAGUGCGGGAAAAAAAAAAAAGAAGAAAGACCUUGUCUCAGGGACGUAUAUGCCCUCUUGACACACAGUCCGAUUCGAUGCUAGCUUGUAGGAAAACUAGCUCUGCUCUCUUCAAGCGGAUGGCAGAGCUUGAGAGAUGUUCGCACUGCAUGCCGAAAUCUUUCAACAUCGCAAGCAAGAGCGCUCGAGUAGUCAUGCUUCAUGAUGAUAUCCAACGGGCACCAGCAAACCUUAAGUACAGUGUUUCUGCGCACAUUAUGUGUGUGUGUGUCACUACGCGCAACUGAGCAGAAAGAAACAACCUUGCAAAAUAAUUUAGGACUCGGGCAUGUGGAUGACGCGAUGCGGCAUGGUUCUCUCUCGAAAAAAAAUUACCCGUUAGUUCGUCUUUCAGUUCACAGAUUUCACAGUUCACUCUCUGUAUAUUUCGAAGAAGAACGGUCUUGUGCUCCUUCUACUUCUUCAUCUUCUUUUUUCUGGUGAAAGUGACAGGCAGAUUUCCGAAUUGUCGGGCAUGGGACAGUUCGAGUCACGAGAAAUGAAAGCUUUCUCUUCGAAGCGGGGGAGUCCUAUAACGGAUGAGUUUCCAUUGAUGGCCUCUCCACUUAGCAGCCUUGAAGUGUCUUGAUAUUGGUUUACGCAUGUUCGAACAUGAUUACCAGAGGUCAGCUUUGCUAUUGCAUAAAUGUAUAAGAAUUUGAUUCUGGGGUUUCGAGUGCCAAAAAUCACAACCUGGUUAUUAGGCACGCCGUAGUGAAUGAUUCCGGAUCAAUUUUGAUCUCCUGGGGCUUCUUCACGUGCACGCCAAGCCCCGUAGAUGAGCGUUUUUUUUGCAUUCCGCCCCCUUCGGAAUGCGAAAGUCGCGGUCGGGAUCGAAUCGGCGACCUCCUGCUCAGUAGCGCAACGUCAUGCUGACUGAGUUACCUCGGUAUAACUAUAUGGAAAGCGAGAGAGAGAGAGAGAGAGAGAGAGAGAAUGUUGGUGGGAGAAGGCACUAGCGUGGUGGUGCGCCCAUCCGCGAAGGCCGUCUGCACAGCGCCCUAACAGCAGCAGCUAGCGCGCCUUCAAGGGAAAACAACACAAGAAGGCAUACAAGCCCGAAGACAGAGACGCUCACCCGAGCGACCACAUUUUUUUUUCUUCGCUCAUCAAAGUGCAAUGUCCCUUCUCCGUCGCACUCAGCUCGAAGGGGAAGAUGAUUACAAACUGCCCGCUGCACUCUGACCUUUUCCCCUCACCCCUCGUGCAUCCCCACCCCCUCACCCCACCAACCUCAACGGACAGUGAGUGAACAGCCGGCGACGGGACACCAACAGAGGACGCGACGAACGGCGAACUGCUUGUCCCCAGUGUGUCAGUGUGUCCGAGGGACCUCCGACGACAAAAAUAGAGAGAGCGCGCGCACACACGCAUGGACUCUCCCAGUGAUGAAAAAUAAGCGUGUGCGCAUACUGUGAUCCAUUCGAACAUUCUUACUUUUUUUUUUUCCUGGCACGCAUGCAAUUCUGGCUGCGUCUUUCUUUCUCUGAUGCCACUUGUAUGUGUGUGUGUUUCUUAUGUUUUCUGCUGAUUGUCUUUCUCUGCCGGGACCAUCUUGUUCUUUAUUCUUUUUUCUUUAUCUCGCUGCAUAUGGCCCGGCCGCCGUUAUUCAGGAAGUGAAGUGCUGCUCUAUUAUUUUCUCCGUCCCCGGGACGACGAACCCUUGUACAUUGCGUCAGUUUUUUCUCUUUUUUUUUCUUGUGACAUACCGUUGCUGUUAUUGUUUUAUUUUGGCUCUCUGGCCACCUUAUAUUUCUCGUGCACAUCGGGGGCAGAACCAGUGUCUUCUAUACAGUGUCUAUGCUAUACUAUACAACGUGGCGACGUUUUGGCGUCGUCGUUUCGAACAGGGUAUCUACAUUCAACGCGCGAAGGUCGCCCGCGAAGUAUCCGCGGGUACGACUACGCAACACACGUGGGCAGUAUUCGUGGCGUGAGUUCUUGCCGGGUCUCGGACUUUUCUCUGGGCCGUGACAUCUUGUCCGAUCACAAGCGACUCAGUUAUUCCAGAUAGAGUGACAUGGGCGACCGAGCGCUAUACUGUUGUCACAAACCAUAUACUUAUACUAGCGACACCUGGUGGUGACGCGUGCAACGGCGGCAGUCCUCCUCGUGCAAUUGUUUCGGAGUGCUAGAUCUUUCGUCAGCCGAUUCUGAUUGCAGAAGAAAAAUAGCAUCGUUCUUUCCUUCGUUUUCCUUUAAUAAACACGCAGAAAAUACCAAGCAGCAAAAACGUGCCCUUAUUGCAAACGAAACUGAGGAGUCCGUGCUCGCCUCCGAUAUCGUUCUUGCGCAUGGAGUGGAUGUAGAUUGGCUAUUUGGAUGAUAGAUUGAAACGGCUGGGCUCAUACAUCCUCAUAUAACAUUCUGGAGUUAACCUGUGCCUCAACUCCUUCCUUUGGCUGAUCGUUGAGCACGCAGCUUCACCACAGGCACUUCUGCACGCAGCAGUUGGGGUUUGGUAAUAAAUGUGUUACACCUGUCGCAAACAAAAUGCGAAGGACCAGGCUGUAGUUGCACGCGCAACGCUUCGUCAUCUGUUCUCUCUUCAAACAUCCGCUGUAACAAGCGGCUGUGUGACAGCUGAUCCACGCUUGAUUAUAUUUAUUAGAUUUUUAGCUGACUUAGAAGCGUUUUAAGCUGCAUUAAAUGCAAAUCUUAUAUUUUCGGAGGUACUUUAUGCCACAUCCACACGACUGAGUUUGCGAUUGGUGCCUGAGGUCAGUUGAACGCAAACGCUAACCUUAAAACAGGGGGUCACUACUUUGGCAGGAAUGGACACAGCUUGACAUUUUCGAUUGUAAUGUGCGAGGAUCAGGGUGAAAAUAUUGGCCUUUCUGAGGGAAUGACGUAAAUGGCAACGGUCGUUCACUGACAACCACUCUACGUCGUCAUCAUUAUAGAGUCGUGAAGACUGUAGCCAUCAAUAAGAAAAAAAAAAGAAAGAAAGCUUGGGGCUUGUACCGGGGAACUUUGUAUUGCUCACUCGAUUAGCGUGCGUAUACACUACAGUUCUUGUUCUCUAGUGCAGAAAUGAGAGCAGUGGCUGCGUCUUACUUAAUUGCAUAGAUGUGUUAUGAAUGACAAAGUUUAUGAGGCUGGUUGUUGACACCUGCCUUAUCUGCAUUACGUGGACUAUCUGAGCAGAUAGUUAACCAUUGGCAGGGAGUCGAGAGCUUUGUUUUGACGUCACUGCAGCGUAAAUCUUCGAACAUGCACUUAUCCUCGGCAGUCUGAAUUCUAAGUUCCAGCUUGCAACGAUUUCCUCGUCGCUGCAAAACAAUGAUCGAUGUAUCAUAGAAAUUAAUGAUGUUCUAAUACAGAUACUGAGGGUUCCAGUAUAGUUAGAGCGAGUUACAUUCUGGCCAUUGUCCACUUCUGUCACGUUGCUGAAUUGCUUCAUCCAGCAUUUUCUUAUCGCCUCCAAAGUGGGUCAUUCCCCAUAAUUGGUUCAAUGGAGAAAGCCGCACGAAAUUAGUUUGCACGACAUCAACCUUGGUCUAUGCGAAGCGCCGCGCUCCUACAGAUGACGUUUCGCUUUCCAGGGCUCCCAUUCUGCGUUUACUAAACCAGCAGGGACGUCGUAAAUUGUCACUUAUCGAUUGCACCGCAGGUAUACAGUGACUAAAAUCUGUACUCGGCACAGUGUGACAGUUGCUCAAAAGAAAAUAGCGUUUCCAAACCUCUUACACGGCAGGUACCUUCCUCACUUUUGGGGCCCAGAAUACGGGCCAACAAAACAACAUAGGCUACAUGCAAACAGAAUAGCCAACGCGCAAACGCUGAUAAAAGUGAGCGAUAUACCUUCGGUUUAGACAGAGCACCAAAAUUUCGACAGUCCUCGGACAGCCGUGCGGCCGCUUCUCCCGUAAUUUACUUUCUAAUGACAUCAAUGUACCAACUGGAGAGCCAUUGGGCACGUAUUGUAAGAGUUGUCACGUCAACGCUCUCGAGUGCAUUCGGGACUGCAGAUGCUUUCAAAGCCCGAGUACGCCCUGCCUCCUUAACAAUACACGCCCCGAACGUACGUAAAGUCAAUAAAUUCGCCCGGUCUGAUACACGCCUGUAUGACGAGUCGUCGCUUCUUUGAGAACGCACAUUGACAGACGUCGUUCCCGAGUGUGUUUUUAACUGCUCAGUGUAAAUAAGAGGCCGUUCAACGCGAUCGCCCGAAUCGCGCGGGCUGAAGCCGCCGAUCGCGCGCAUGCGCGCAUCGGAAAGAUAGAAUUUCGACAGUAGCGCACGCUGCAGGACGCAUGCGCAAACCGCUGGAUGUACAGGGAAACGCGACAAAACCAAUCGGAGAAAUCAGGGUCGUGGAGCAUCGCAGAGACCGUUCUCUUUUACCCUCUCUCGCGCUCUUCUAGAUGCUCCACUUUAGAUAUAUAAAUAAAGCAGUCUAUAAAUAAAUAUAUAUUAUAUAUAUAUAUACAUACGAUUCCCCGAAUUAUGUACAGGUUUUAAAGACGUCUUAUGUACAGUUUCUACACGCAUUCUACUGCAAGCCUCGGGAGACUCCGGAGAGGCUGAACACGCCGUGCACAUUUGCGUUGUUGGUGCUUACGUUUCUUCGCCUCGACUUUGCCAACACGCGGCAUCAGCUUCUGCCGAGGCUCCACAAUCGAACAGGGUAUCCGAAUAUAGGCCUUAUGUCCCCGCCGCGUCGUAAACUGACUUCGCGACAUUUGAGGAGGGAAGUGGUAAAAGAAUGUCGGCGCCUGAGCUUGGCUAGCUUAUUUCUGGGUUUUGCAUCACAUCGCCUUAGAGAGAGAGAAAGAAAAAUGGAGCUCGAGCCGGGAUGUUUCAGAUGUUGUAGGUCUUAGAAGCUCUGUGGUCCACGCUUGUGCUGUCAGAAGGCACGACGUGAAAAAAAAAAUACAGAAAAUUGGUGCCGAUGAUGGCAUUGUUGUUCCGCGUAAAAUCUAUCUCUACACUUUACUCUUUCGGCUUUUUUUUUUUUAAUGUAAAGUUGCUUUCUGCUCACCACCUGUCCCGUGCACUUUCUCGUUUUAACUUAUUGUGUUUUGCGAGGAGGCGUUUGCGUUUCUGUAAACGAUGACUGAAUAAAAAAAAAGUAAGUCAGAACGUGAAA